CAUGUUCGCUGCGACGUAGGCAUCAACUUGACAACUUCCAUUCCAACGGCUCGCGCUCUCAUUCAGGCAGAAAUACUCAUUCUAUCCUGUGCGCUUGUCCAAGAAAGAAGUAUGGUGUUACUUACGAUAACGCCCUCCAUCGUGGAGGCCUUGGCGAUCAAAGAAUCCUCGAAAUCGGAAGCUGUCGAAGCUCGUCAUGACGACAACGAAACCGAUGCUCCCUCGCAGAAACCCGAUGAGCCAUCAUUAGACGAGCCUGAAGUUGGAAAGCCCAUAUCCCAUGGGCAGAUUGUCGAUCUCUGGAAGAACCUCAAAACGCAAGGCAACUCGUCCUACACCCUCGAGCAGCUCCUCCGCGGCGCAUCCAUCUACAUUCCUCCUCCGCCUCCCAAGCCAGAACCCUCCCCUGAAUACAAAGCCCUCAUGGCCCGUCUCCGCCGCGAAGAAGAGGCCCGCGCCUACGAACGAAUGAUCAACCCCGUCCCGCACCUCGAAACCUUCCACAACCGCUUCCCCCACGCCGCCUCCGCAUUUGCCGAAGUCAACAAACCCACUUCUGCCAGAGACACCGGCGACGACGAUGAUGCCGCGAUGAACGAGGUGCACCGGCAGGUGACGCUCAUAAUCAACUUCCUCAUCAGCAUAGCAGGUGUGGCGGCCACGCUGUGGAUCGCGGCUCGGUGGUGGAGUCUACCGUCGAGGCUGUUUCUCACGUUGGGGGGGAGUAUACUUGUUGCUAUAGCAGAGGUUGCGGUGUACUCGGGAUAUCAGUGGAGGAUGGAGGAGGGGAAGAAGAAGGAUCGCAAGGUGAGGGAGGUCAAAGAGGUUGUGGAGAGUUGGGUUGUGGGUAAAGAUGAUGCACAAGACGAGAAGACGGUGUUGAUUAAGGAGAAGGGAGCAGAUGAGAAUGAUGCGGAGUCGUCUUUGCCUUCUUUCACCGAAACACUCACAAGUCUUGCGCGACGCAAGGUUCACGACCCCAUUUCAUUGGACGAAGCAUGGCAGCUCGUCAACAAACAAGACUGUCACAAUGACCAACAUCUCAGCGCCUUCUGCACUGCGAAUGCGCGCCAAGCCACUCCGAACAUACGGGAAACGGAGUACGACCCGAGAGAACUCGCCCAGGGAACCCAGUCCGAAGAAGCGACGUCUUUCAGCAGAGGAGACAUCUUUGAAGAAACAGUACACCAAGAACGAUGACACAGAAUCACCAUCGCUCCCCAAGAUUACACCAACAGGGAGUAAGGACUCGACGGAACCCACGGCAGGCGACAGCAAAUCCCCCAAGGAUGUCGUUAAGAAGGGUUCGAUAUUGAACUUCUUUAAACCUGUUUCUUCGUCGUCAUCCACGGUCGCCCCCAGUCCAAAGAGCGACGAGCCACAGCCUGAAUCAACACCACCGUCAUCACCUCCACAACCACCACGGAUAGAAACAAGGAGAAAACCACGAAUACUGCGGUUCGGGGGCUCAUCAUUACCCAUACUCAACAACGAAGAGACAGAAAGCGAUGCUCAAGACGACGAGGAAGCCGGGGAGAAUCGAGAAGAUGGCAAGGGACCUGCGAGAUUACCAUUGAAGGAGCAACACACAACAAACACAACCACAAAAUCGAAGAAGCCGAAACCACAGACCGUCCAAACAACCCUCAACAUAUCCUCUCAAGCACCCUUCUCCGAGUGCAAGGUCUGCAACACGGUGUGGAACCCCCUCUACCCAGACGACGUCAAAUACCACACAAAGCAACACGCGGCGGUUUUACGGGCAAGGAAGAAGGAGAGCGAAGCAUUAUAG